UCCCGUCACCUCCCUGUAACCCAGAACAAAAGAACCCGUCAAUUCCAAGGUAACCGAGAAAGAAAGGCACCACUUCCUCCUCGCUAUGGAACCUAAUCCCCGGCUUGCUUCCUCUUUCUCGCCGAGAUCGUAGAGAGGAGAGACGAGGACUUGGGUUGGGCGGGAGGACCUUGAACCCCUCGCCGUAGAAUGCAUGGAUUCGGAAAUCAUAGAAUGCGUGUCGUCGAUCGACGCGAUGGACCAAGAGGAGACGUCCGUUCAACACCACCACUCCUCCAAGAUCCACGGCGUCGCUGCUCCUCUCGCCCCUAACACCAGCGUCCAUGAGCUGCUCGAGUGCCCUGUCUGCACAAACUCUAUGUACCCCCCAAUCCAUCAGUGUCAAAAUGGGCAUACACUGUGUUCGACAUGUAAAACAAGGGUGCACAACCGUUGCCCUACUUGUCGCCAAGAGCUUGGAGAUAUCAGGUGCUUGGCACUAGAAAAGGUGGCUGAGUCACUUGAGCUUCCAUGCAAGUACUACUCGCAUGGAUGCCCUGAAAUCUUCCCAUACUACAGCAAGCUGAAACAUGAAGCUCAAUGCAACUAUAGACCAUACAAUUGCCCAUAUGCAGGAUCUGAAUGCUCUGUUAUUGGGGAUAUCCCUUUUUUAAUUACACAUUUAAGAGACGAUCACAAAGUUGACAUGCACACGGGAUGCACGUUCAAUCAUCGAUAUGUUAAAUCUAAUCCGCGAGAAGUUGAAAAUGCCACAUGGAUGUUGACUGUGUUUCACUGUUUCGGGCAUUACUUCUGCUUGCACUUUGAGGCCUUCCAGCUCGGGAUGGCUCCUGUUUAUAUGGCGUUUCUGCGCUUCAUGGGGGACGAAAAUGAAGCCAGAAACUUCAGCUACAGCCUUGAGGUCGGGGGCAUUGGAAGGAAACUGAUAUGGGAAGGAACACCUCGAAGCAUUCGCGACAGUCACCGCAAGGUCCGUGACAGUCACGACGGGCUCAUCAUACAGAGAAACAUGGCACUCUUCUUCUCCGGAAGCGAUAGGAAAGAGCUGAAGCUGAGAGUGACCGGCAGGAUAUGGAAAGAGCAGCAGAACAAUGAGGCUGGUGUUUGCAUGCCGAAUCUCUUUACCUGAGGAUUUGCUCCAUUCGAUCUGAUUGUCGUGAGGUAGUAUGAAAUUCUAUGAUCUUGUUGUAUUUUUAACACUUGUAUUGGUGCACGAUCAGGACAUUAGUUCCAUAAUUUCAAGGGUCUGUUUGCUUA